UUUUUCUAACUGAGCGGUUGAGGCUGAAUCUGGCGCGCUGGAGAGGAAGUCAAAUCGUGCUGGACUGGAUUGACGCGCCAUGCUGUAGCUCGCUUUAUCUCAAGAAGAAGAAGAAGAAGAAGAAGAAGGAGAAAACAUGUCCACAUGCGAUGAUGGCAUUUUUGUUUUUGCUUAGGAUUUCUACUUCUUUCAUUUGAAUUCCUGCAAGGCAUGGCUUUCCUUUUUGCGUGCUUCUUUCUGUCUUGUUCCAGUGUGUGCAGUGUUUGGGGGAGUCAACACAGUGAGAGCAGCAUCUAUUUAGACAACAUCACGCGUAUAUUGGACAGAUUACUGGACGGCUAUGACAACAGGCUGCGACCUGGAUUUGGAGGUCCAGUCACAGAAGUCAAAACGGACAUCUUUGUCACCAGCUUUGGACCUGUUUCAGAUGUUGAGAUGGAAUACACCAUGGACGUGUUCUUCCGCCAAACAUGGAUUGAUGAACGCUUGAAAUUCGAAGGCCCCAUAGAGAUCCUGCGGCUCAACAACCUCAUGGUCAGCAAGAUCUGGACGCCGGACACAUUUUUCCGCAACGGCAAGAGGUCGAUAUCUCACAACAUGACCACCCCCAACAAGCUGUUUCGCAUCAUGCAGAACGGAACCAUCCUCUACACCAUGAGAUUAACUAUAAAUGCAGAGUGUCCAAUGCGCCUGAUGAACUUCCCGAUGGACGGACACGCAUGCCCACUCAAGUUUGGGAGCUAUGCCUACCCUGUCAGCGAGAUCAUGUACACGUGGAAGAAAGGUCCUCUGUCUUCCGUUGAGGUCCCUCAGGAGUCUUCCAGUCUCUUGCAAUAUGACCUCAUCGGGCAAAGAGUGUCCAGCGAAAGGCUGAAGUCUAACACAGGGGAAUACAUCAUCAUGACCGUCCAUUUCCAUCUCCAAAGGAAAAUGGGAUUUUUCCUCAUCCAGACCUAUAUUCCCUGUAUCAUGACGGUCAUCUUGGCACAAGUCUCCUUCUGGAUUAACAAGGAAUCCGUCCCGGCUCGGACAGUUUUCGGUAUCACCACCGUGUUGACCAUGACCACGCUCAGUAUCAGCGCUCGCCACUCCCUCCCCAAAGUCUCCUACGCCACUGCCAUGGACUGGUUCAUCGCCGUUUGCUUCGCCUUUGUCUUCUCCGCCCUCAUCGAGUUUGCGGCAGUCAACUACUUCUCCACGCUGCAAGCCAACCGGGAGCUGCGGAAGGCGGUGGCCAUGAAGGCGGCAGCUCAAGAGGCCGCAGCUGCAGCUGCCGCCCCAGCUGCCGCCGCAGGAAAUGAUGGAGAGGUCUCCUUGGCUGACGCCAGUAACGUGUUGAAGAAAAGGAUGAAUUCAGCUCCUCUCUUUGAUCGCCCGGCCAAAACCUUCCCCAACCCACCGGUCAACGCCCAGGCCUUCCUGCAGCAGGGUUCCGCCAUGCCAGCCAACAACGUCCUGACAGGCACGAGCAUCAUCGACAAAUACUCUCGCAUCCUCUUCCCGCUUUCCUUCGGCGCCUUCAACCUGGUGUACUGGAUUGUGUAUCUUACCAAGGACACCAUGGAGAUGUCCAGGGAUAGUGUCUGAAGCCGGAGAGUGCGGAUGCCAUAUUUCACCACACACACACAAAGAUGCUACUGCAAAGACACAUGAGUGCGACUCAAUGAAAAACCGGUCUCAUCAACGUUUCAUUGUGUGCGAUGCAUGCCAAAAAGUCUUUCAUGAUGCAUUGUGAGUCUUUGUACGUUUGAUUGUGUCUGUAGACUAGAUGCGAGUGUGCAAACAGUACGUUAGGGCAGACACGGUCCUUCUCCUGACUGGGUACUGAUCUUUACUCGUUAGGCUGAGGCACAGCAGGCUCUGCUAUACUUCUUCACGACUGCAAUAUGCAUGCGACAUGAGAGAUUUAGCAUGUGAAAGGAUGGAGUGAUGAUUUAUCCUCUCCAAUGAUCACUUCACA